AUGGUUUAUUAGGGUGAUUUAUUAUUCAUAUGUUAUAUAAAAGUAUUACUUACCUGCAACAGAAAGUCAAAAGGAGAUGGAUAAGAAUGAAUAAGUUGAGGUGGUAGUGAUAUUUAUUAUUUAUCCAACAUUUUUAUCUAUAGUCCCAAACUUCUGGUGAAAUUCAAUUUGAUCCUGCUCGUUUGUCUUGUUUCAAUUUAGUCUCUCUUCAACUAGUCAAUGAGGCUUAAAUGCGUUGAUUGUAGGUUGAGGGCAUUGGAAGUUUUAAUUUUUUUUAUUUUCUUUAUGAAUGUAACCCCGUUAAAUGAUUUGUUGUUCAUAUUAUAUUUGCAAUUUGUCCAUUUGUACAUUUCAUAAGAUAUCCUACAUAAACUCAUGUGGGCAAUACAAGGCUCAUUUGUAGUUGGGUUUGACCAACGGUUGCUCACGUGUAUGAAUUUCACACUGUAUGAGGUAUAACUAACACUAAGCAUGGUGUCUUGGGAUGAGUCUUGGCACUUUCUUCUCUCUUGGUUUCCCAAGAAAAUUGGAGAUGGCGGGAGAAGAAAGCACAGAACAGUUAAGUAGUUCUCUUCUUGCUGAAGAAAACCCCAGCACAAGGGGUCCAGAUGGGGGUAACUCCGCCACUGCUGUUCUAGUGUUGAGCACCUUCAUUGCUGUAUGUGGCUCCUAUAUUUCUGGUGCUAUAGUCGGAUAUUCAUCUCCUACUGAGACUGGAAUCAUGGAGGACCUAGGCCUCUCUACAGCAGAGUACUCAGUUUUUGGUUCCACUGUGACUAUUGGAGCAAUGGUGGGUGCAGUCUUUAGUGGUAAAAUAGCAGAUCUUAUUGGCAGGAGAGGUGCAAUGGGGAUUUCAGAAGCAUUCAGCAUCGCAGGAUGGCUUGCAAUAGCAUUUUCACAGGCUGCAUGGUUGCUUGACAUCGGUAGACUCUCCACAGGAUGUGGGCUUGGGCUCCUUACUUAUGUGGUACCUGUAUACAUAGCAGAAAUUACCCCAAAGAAUCUUCGUGGACGCUUUGCAACUGUCCAUCCGUUCAUGAUUACUGUUGGCAUAGCCAUGACAUAUUUCAUUGGAACUGUGGUCUCUUGGCGUAUCUUGGCUCUAAUAGGGACUAUUCCGUGUAUAGUAAAUCUGUUAGGGCUUUUCUUCAUUUCAGAGUCUCCAAGAUGGCUGGCAAAAGUUGGGAAAGAGAAAGAGUAUGAAGCUGCUUUGCUUUGCCUUCGUGGAGAAAAUACUGAUAUAUCUGAAGAAGCUAUUGAAAUUAAGGAGAACACAGAAGCACUUCAACGGCUCCCAGAGGGUAGAAUUCUAGAAUUGUUCCAAAGGAGAUAUGCUCGGUCACUCAUUAUUGGAGUAGGACUGGUAUUGCUGAACCAACUUGGAGGCUCUAUUGCAAUUUCAGCUUAUGCAAGUUCAAUAUUUGAAAAAGCUGGUUUUUCUACCACAGUUGGGACUAUUGUAAUGAGUGUUGUUCAGAUUCCAAUGACCAUAGGAAGUGUACUCUUAAUGGAUAAAUCAGGAAGAAGACAGCUUCUAAUGGUUUCUUGUUCUGGAACUUGUUUCGGCUGCCUUCUAGUAGGGGUGUCAUUCUUAUUACAGGACGUGCACUGGUGGAAAGAACUUACACCUGUUCUGGUGUUCAUCGGUUUGGUGAUAUACAAUGCAUUUUUUGGACUAGGACUUUCAGGAAUACCAUGGUUGAUAAUGUCGGAGAUAUUUCCCAUUAACAUGAAAGGCUCUGCAGGAAGCCUUUGUAAUUUGGUUUAUUGGUCCAGUUCAUGGUUCAUGACAUACAUGUUUAACUUCUCAAUGGAAUGGAGCUCAGCAGGAACAUUUUUCAUAUUGUCAGGCAUUGCUGGCUUCACUGUUGGUUUUGUUGCAAAGAUAGUUCCAGAGACCAAGGGUCGGACACUAGAAGAAAUACAAGCAGUACUGAACCCAGAAAUAGUGAAAGGAUAAACUGCAUUUCUCUGAAAAUGGACUCUACCUUCCUAUAUAUCUUUUUACUAUUUUUGUAGUAGCUUUUGUUUAUUAUUUGUUGCUGAAGCCAUGGUCUGGAAAGUUCAAAUGUAUUCUGUAUUCAUGCUGUCUUGGAGACGUUAGUUCUUCUUGUUAGGAGUAUUGCUUGCUGACUGUAAUCCAUGUAUUGAUAAACCAAUAGAAGUUUCAGUCAUUUAUGAACCAAACUGAAACUGGCUAUAAAGAUUGGGUAGCAAAUGUGAUAUUAUCAUGUGCCCAACAUUUUUAUCUUUA